UGCUUAGAGCAGUUGGCAAUUGACGUUGAUGUUUAUUAUAUGUAUGCAGCGUUUACAUUGGCGAUGGGAGUACUAUAGCUGGGGGGAGCUGAAUCAAAAUCCAGGCCUCGAAUAAUUCAGGGGAAGCCGUAAAGGAAUCCACCGUCCCCUCUCUACCACACAUGUUGCACGCCUCUCACAGCUCUCCAUUCAAUCAGAUUGAACUAUAUUUUGAGAUCCGGUAUAACGGAACCGAUUCUUGCACGCCACAUUUCUUAGCAAACAGAGGGGGGACACAACCGAUUCUUGCACGCCACAUUUCUUAGCAUACAGAGGGGGGACGGAACCGAUUCCUUUUAGCCGUCUUCGCUUUUCCUUCCCUUCUUUCCUGGCCUUAUAUUAUUUGCUACAUUUAUUGCCACAGCCAUUGCCACUUUUUAUUCUGUAUUCUGUGCUCUUUAGAUUGCUUAAGAUUUUGAGAAACUGAAACAGAGACUCCCAAAUUGUAAUCGUUGACAUGGAAGAGGCAAGUGUUGUGGAGUCCAAUGAUGGAACAAUUGCUGUCGCAUCUGCAUUUCCAGGGCAUCAAGAAGCUGUUCAAGACAGAGACCUGAAAUUUUUGUCUAAGGCUGUUGAAGAAGCAUAUAAUGGAGUUAAUUGUGGCCAUGGUGGGCCUUUUGGUGCUGUUGUGGUUUGUGAUGAUGAAGUUGUUGCAAGCUGUCAUAACAUGGUUUUGAAGUAUAUGGAUCCAACUGCACAUGCUGAGGUUACAGCUGUAAGAGAGGCAUGCAAUAAACUUGGUCGCAUUGAGCUUUCAGAUUGUGAAAUAUUUGCCUCGUGUGAACCUUGCCCAAUGUGUUUUGGAGCCAUUCACCUGUCAAGAAUCAAGCGGUUGGUCUAUGGAGCAAAAGCAGAAGCAGCAAUUGCAAUUGGAUUUGACGAUUUCAUUGCAGAUGCACUAAGGGGUACGGCUUUUUACCAAAAAGCUAAUAUGGAGAUAAAACAAGCUGAUGGGAGUGUUGCUGCAGUUGCUGAACAAGUUUUCCAAAAUACAAAGGAAAAGUUCAAAAUGUAUUGACCUGCUGCACACAUUGAUCCGCCUUGACAAAAGUCAAUUAAUUUUAAUUAUUUUGUCAUGGUUUUAGAAUUUUAAUGAAAUUCAUUUGAAUAAAAUUUCCAAAAUUUAAAGGAAAGGUUUCAAAUGUCAUUUGAAUGUGGAAUAAUCUUUGCUCCGUAUAUCCUUAAUCCAUCAGUUGAAAGGAAUUGUGAUUUUCUUUUGCAUGAAUAUAUUAUUGAAAGCAGAAUCUGUCUUUGCAA